AUGCCUAUUAAUGGAUUCGAUGGGUUGCCAUAUCAUCUUCGUAUAAUUCCUAUUACUACUGCAGCAACCGUUGUAUAUGCAAAUUUACCACCAAGGGGUUGGAAUAUUAGUUCUUAUUUUGAUGAGAAUUUCGACAAUAAUAUUAUUCAUAUUCUCGUAGAACCUCUGCAAGAACCAGAAGAAAUUAAUUAG